GUGGAGCGAUUUAGUCAGUGUGAAUCACGUUCAGCCCACGGACUGUGAAACUCACUGCCCAACGGAGAUGUGGACACAGGGACAUUAUAACACUGCUUUCGUUUCCUGAUCGCGUCCAUAAUACAGUUUGUUCAGAAGAUAUCAGUUUGUUUUUACAGCCCCCCUUCACACCGCGGUGAAUGAGCAGAUCAGAGAGCUGAGAAGUCAGAGAAACUGGCAGACGAGGGGAGAGGAGAUGAGCAUGGCUGAAACUGAUGAGGAGAGCAGCAGUCAGCAGCGGAAGAAGCCACCAUGGCAUUAUCUGGAUUUCCCCAACCCACAGGGCCCCACAGAGGAGCUAAACAACUACAUACUGCCUUGGGCACGUAACAGUCUGUAUCUGCGCAGUGCCAGCGUGCCCACAGAGAACAUCCAGCUCAGAUUCCCAGUUGUGGAUCCCUACACAUCUCGAAGACCCUCAGUACUGCGCAAACCUUCCCUUUCACAGACCAUCAGGAGCCCUACAGAGAAGAGGGUACGCUUUGAGCAGAUGAGCACAGUGUUGGUUAAUGGCCAAUGCUCCUCUCGGCUUGAGGCCACCAGGCGCCAGUCGCUACCCCAUAUUGUCCUCAGGGGCACAGCAGACUGGUUUGGGGUCAGUAAAGACAUUGACAGCACCCUGAAAUGGCAGAGGAAGAGCUUACGCCACUGCAACCAGCGUUAUGGCAAGUUAAAGCCACAGGUGCUCCGAGAGAUGGACCUGCCCAGCCAAGACAACAUCUCUAUAACAAGCACAGAGACUCCACCACCUCUUUAUGUCCCUCCAGUGCACCAUGGCAUGCAGAAGAUUGUGGACCCACUGGCUCGGGGCCGAGCCUUUCGGAACAUGGACGAUAUGGAUGCUUUCAAUGGAACGCAAACUCCUGGAGCUGUCUCCCUGUGCUCUCUCACCAGUUCUCGUUCUGGUUUCAACCGGCUUCCACACAGGAGAAAGAGAGAGUCUGUAGCCAAGAUGGGCUUCAGAGCAGCUGCAGCUCUCAUGAAGGGUCGUUCCAUGAAAGAUGGCACGAUGCGACGAGUACACCGACGGAGCUUCGCUGUAAACAGCUUCAUGGAAGAUGACACAGGAGAAUUCCUAGAUGAAAUGGACACCUCCUUUUUUACAAGGGAUGGUCUGGUACAGGAGGAAUUAUCCACAUAUGCAGACGACGUGUUUGAGUCGCCCUCUGAGGCUGCCAUUCGUGAGAAUGAUGCAAACAAAGUGCCCUGUGAGACAGAUUUAACAGGCAGUGCCCUGGGAAAGCCAGAGUUAGAAAGGAGUCACCUAAUGCUGCCACUUGAGAGGGGCUGGAGGAAAGGCAGGGAUAGCUCUCUGGUCCAACCUAAAGUGCGCUUACGCCAGGAAGUUGUGUGCGCGAGCGGCCAGAGAAGGGGACAUCGGAUCACGGUGCCUGUUUCAAAGCUCUUUGCCCAUGAGAAACGUCCUUAUGGCCUUGGCAUAGUGGGAAGGCUGACCAACCGCACAUACCGCAAGCGCAUUGACAGCUAUGUGAAAAGACAAAUAGAAGACAUGAACAACCACAGGCCUUUCUUCACAUAUUGGAUAACAUUUGUUCACUUGAUCAUCACCAUCCUGUCAGUUUCCAUUUAUGGCAUUGCACCUAUUGGCUUCUCUCAACACGAAACUGUAGAUUCUGUUUUAAGAAAUAAAGGCAUUUAUGAGAAUGUCAAGUAUGUGCAGCAAGAGAAUUUCUGGGUUGGACCAAACUCAGUGGCACUGAUACAUUUGGGAGCCAAAUUCUCACCAUGCAUGCGCCAAGACCAGGAGGUGCAUGACCUGAUCCAGGAGAAGAGAGAGAAAGAGCGCCACUCAGCCUGCUGCGUCCGAAAUGAUCAAUCAGGCUGCGUGCAGACCUCUCAACAAGAGUGUUCAAGUACAUUGGCUCUCUGGGUAAAGUGGCCCCAGCACACAAGUGUUCCAUAUCUAAAUGGCAAAUUACGCAAGUACGGCUCAGUUUGUCACCAAGACCCAAGGACGUGUCUGGAGCCAGCCUCUCUCUCACCUCAUGAGUGGCCUGAUGACAUCACCAAGUGGCCAAUCUGCACCAGGCACAACAGUGGAAACCACACCAACCUGCCACACAUAGACUGUGAGAUCACAGGCCGGCCAUGCUGCAUUGGAACCAAAGGAAGGUGUGAAAUCACAUCCAGAGAAUACUGUGACUUUAUGAAGGGUUAUUUUCACGAAGAGGCUACGCUUUGCUCCCAGGUGCACUGCAUGGAUGAUGUGUGUGGCCUGCUGCCAUUUCUCAACCCAGAGGUCCCAGAUCAGUUCUAUCGCCUGUGGCUGUCUCUCUUCCUGCAUGCUGGGAUUUUGCACUGUCUUGUGUCUGUGUGCUUCCAAAUGACCAUCCUGAGAGAUUUGGAAAAACUAGCAGGAUGGCUUCGAAUAUCCAUCAUCUACAUCCUCAGUGGCAUUACAGGCAACUUGGCCAGUGCCAUAUUUCUUCCUUACAGAGCUGAGGUUGGUCCAGCAGGCUCUCAGUUCGGCAUCCUUGCCUGUCUGUUUGUAGAGCUGUUCCAGAGCUGGCAGAUCCUGGCACGACCGUGGCGGGCCUUCAUCAAGCUGCUGUGUGUGGUUCUCUUCCUUUUCGGUGUUGGCAUGCUGCCAUGGAUUGAUAACUUCGCCCACAUUUGUGGCUUCAUCUCAGGCUUCUUCCUCUCCUUCGCAUUCUUGCCUUACAUCAGCUUUGGCCGAAUGGACACGUACCGCAAGCGCUGCCAAAUAUUGGUCUCACUCACAGUCUUUCUGGGAAUCUUCUCAAGCUUUGUGGUGCUCUUCUAUGUGUAUCCAGUCAAGUGUGAUUGGUGCGAGCUGCUUACCUGCAUACCUCUGACGGACAAGUUCUGUGAGAAAUAUGACCUCAAUGCUCACCUCCACUGAGGCCUUAGAGAGUGGAGAGCAAAGACAGAGAAAAAAAACAGAGACUUGUGAAAUGGUUUCCAAUCCUUUAGCUCUAACUGACAUUUUUGCUGUAUUAUAGUCUUUAUCAAUGUGUAUUUUUACAUGCACUCAAUGAAGGUAUUAAUUUCAUGGGAUCAUUGAAAGGUCCUCUCAGAGGAAGAGAGAUAAUCUAAAUGCCUCUAGUGCCUUGUUGAUCAAUACCAACUGCUGCCAUCUCUGUGUUCCAUUAAGUCUGAGCACUUUUGUUCUUAACCUGUAAUAUGUACACUGCUACUUAAGUAGUGCAUGUCUGGUAGUGUUUUAGCUACCUGAUCCCUUGUAAUACACAGUCCAAUAAGAGUAAACUUAA